AUGUCUUCCUCUUCCUCUCCCAACCUCAACCCCAACCUCAACAUCAACCUCAACUCCAACGGUGGAAUGGACGAACAACUGCUUCACGGCAUUGAACGCCUCUCUUUCCCUCAUCCAAGCGACUUCUCUAACAUGGAGGCAUACCACACUGCGCGACUCGAAGAGCAGUGGCAGUAUUCCCUCAAGGUCCAAGAACGAGCCCAAUUGGUCCUACAAACCGCCGUGGACGAUCGCCAGGCGAAGCUGCUGAAAGCAAAGGCGGAUGCGCUGGAGAAGAGCGUGGCAGCUGCAGAGAAGAAGGCAAGAGAGGAGAUUCGGAUUCGUGAGGCAGAGAACAGGGCAAAGCAAAUUCCGCACCCUCCACCAAGACUUCCAACACCUCCACCUGCACCUGCACCUGCACCUCCCGUGGUCCAACCUACCCCUCCAGUUCUCGCGGAAUCAGUCAAGGGCAAAGACGUAGCACAACUCUCCCAGCCAUCUCCCACUUCGCCUGCCGGGCCAGCCAACCCCUCUUCCACCCCGGAACAUCCUCCGAAGUCUCACAAUUCGUUCGUCAAAGGACCAGCAGCUCAUCAGGUUCCGGCCCCGCCAAACCCGUUCCGUACAGCUCCCCCUAGCGCAGACCCAGGCUCCUCUCAACCGCCUUCUCAGCCUCGUUCAGGCGAGAGACCGAAUCCUUUCGAGGCUGCUCCCGCUGCUCCCGCCCCUCCUAUUCGUUCUCCCGUCGCCAACCCGCAGCCGCCACCGCCAGCGCGUGGCGAGGAGACCAGUGCUCAGCUCGUCCUUGCAAAUGUCCAACGGUACGAUCAGAUUUUACAGGACUGCAAAAAGCUUCGAAAGUACGUUUUGAGCCUGGACCAAAAUUCUAUGAGUCUGCCAAACGUCGCUAGCCCUGCUGCUGGCAAUCGAAAAUACUCGGUGAAAAGCCUCGCUGGUGAUCUACGCCGCAUGCUGAACAGGACCUUGGGUCAAUUGACCGACGGGGCGGGCACCAACAAGGAUCAGGCAACUCCGUCACCCCUCAUCAACCCAGAGCAGUUUCUCGUCACACCCCCAGCGAACCCGGUUGCAGAUGCAAACAACAAUAAUGGCCAACUACCAUGUCUGUUUAUCUACGUCGUCAACAUCUUCGCCAAAGCGAUCGUCAAACAACUCGCAAGCGAGGCGGCAGUCAACCCGCGCAUCGCAGAGCCAGUUGGUGUCCUCGUCCACAACAUCGUCACCCACCCCAAUUACCUCUGGCGUGGCACAUCGUUCAUGGAUAUCAUCAUGGCCAAGAUUCGUGUCUCCCUCCCUGUCGUCUUCGGCGUCCGCGGCAGCGAGACCACCCACGAAGGACGCGACCGAUUGGGCUGGAAGCGCCUCGAUGAGGGAUGGAUCUCCGAGGCAGAGCACUACGAUCGCAUGCGCGGUCUCGGGGCAGGCUACGCUGCCUUGUGUCUACGCAACUAUAGCAAAUCUCCCCGCACGAACCCCUGGCCUCCUUACCACUACUGGAACUCCAUGGCCCUGCUUCUCAACACCCCACCUGGCGAGCGCAGCGCUACGCAAAUCCUCGUCCUCACUGCCAUGAUCGACGGCUUUGAGAAGAAUUUCUUGGAGUUUUACGGCGACAUGGCCAUUGCUGCUCUCCGUGCGGCUCUGAUCACGUUUCCGAACGAGUCUCCAGAGCAGAGCGCUGCUGUCAAGACGCUGGGGGUUCUUGGUGAGCGCCUGAAGCGGGUUCUUGGUCUCACGAUCUGA